AUGGAACAUGUGAUGUCAAAGAUUUCUGAUUGUGGAAAGAGGCUACAAGCUUGGAACAGAACUAAUUUUGGGAAUGUUAAGAGGAAUUUACAAAGAGCUAAGUAUCGACUAAAACAGUUACAAGAAAGUGAUCCUAUGGGGGUUAGAAGAGAAGAACAAAAAGCUGUUAGGAAAGAAGUGCAGAAGUGGUUAGAACGUGAUGAGGUGAUGUGGAGACAGAGAUCUAAGGAAUUAUGGCUAAGGGAGGGGGACCAAAACUCAAAAUUCUUCCAUAUAAAAGUAUCUCACAGAAAGAAGAAAAAUCAAGUUGGGAAACUUCAAAAUGAGGAGGGGGCAUUGCAGGAAGGGGAUCUGAGGGAUAAGCCGAUCAUUGAAUAUUUUUAG